CAAGUUUCCAAGCAAACAUCCUCAAUAUACCAAGGUGAUGUCUAACUGGGAAUCCAAGUCAAAGUAUCUUUUACACGAAAUUAUCAAGUAUCAAAAUUACUGUGAUGUUUUGGAGAAAAGUCUGUCUCACCAAGAUCAUGAUAUGUAGUGGAUUGUUUUACACUUUUUUUUUUUUGGAAAUAAUAAAAUUUUUGAAAUUCCGGAUCUCAUUUUUCUCACUUUUCUCUCUCAUACACAUUCACAGUUGUUUAUCACCUUUUGUUUUGACAUAUUUUGCAUUAUGAAUCAUAGUAUAAGGAACGCAUCAUACGAUACUUACGAGACACAGAUAUUACCGAAUAUGUCCACGAUUCAUUAUAUACGACAAGCAAGUGCUGCUUUAGAUCUACCCGUACGCACCACUGGCAUUGCUUUAUGUUACUAUCAUCGAUUUCACCAGUUUAUGUCACAACACCAAGGCAAACAACAUGUUCGCAACAAUCAAACAGUGGAUCCGCUUCUACCACUCUAUACAAAUGAAGAGCCUGCAAAGCAACAGAAGUUCCAAGGAAAGUACGCGACCUGGUCAAUGUUGGAUAUAGGUAUUAUCAUCCUGAAGAAGAUGUAUUACAAGUGGACGAGUGAACUUUUAUUGGUACGUGCUCUCGACUGUGACCUUGAAAGGGAACUACCGUUUUCAUUCUGUUUGAAUGUCUUGCGCAAUAUGGGCUCCAUACCUUUUUUCCAAACACCAUCCAUACCAUCACCUUCAACUUCUCUUUUACAUAGUUCCGGAAUCACUCUUCAAAAAGAAGUAUGGAAACAGAUGGAAAACGAAAUGCCUCUGAAUUAUAAUGUGAUUGCAAGAAUGGCUUGGAUGUUCGUGUGGGAUAGUCUUUGCUCUCCCAAGAUCACUCUGAAAUACUCUGUAGCUGAGGUUGCCCUUGGUUGUCUUUAUCUUGCUCUUCGGACAUCUUAUGCUGAUUUACAAAUGACGAUGACAGAGUGGGUAGACAAAUGGGGAGCUUCUGACAAUGUCUCUGUACAAGCAGUUCGUGAUGUUGCUUUGGAUCUAUUGGAACUUUACGAACAAUCUUCACUCAGUAGUCAUCUCGAUAGAAAAAAUUUGAAUAGUUUACCCACUUCUAUAGAAGGAUCUCCUCAAAACGAUACUGAAGCCCCAUCCACUGUAUAAAAGAUGAUUAUCUUUUUUCCCGCUUAUACACACAUAU